UGUCACAGUCAAUCUGGUGGGCCGACCUCCCUGCUGGCGCACUUAGAGCCGUGAAGCUGAGGGUGAUUAUGUGUACGACUAGUGUAUCAUUUCACACGCUACAGUUGAUGUCAUAACCGUGAUGUGCCUAGCGUACCUGUUUGGAGUUUGAAGAGAAGUAAAUGCCCUGAGAAACUAGGAGUGUUUAGCCCGACCCAUGGGCUGCGAGUGAUCCUAGGACCUCGUUAUGCACUUGCUUCUAGCUGUCGUGUGUGUAUAUCUGACCGUUCUGGGACAGACAGACACAUCGGGACUUUUAGAAAUAGAAGGACAGACAGGCCCACUGGGCCAUCUGGUACAGGAGGAACAAACAGGACAACUGGGACAUCUGGUAGAGGAGGGACAGACAGGCCCACUGGGACAUCUGGUAGAGGAGGGGCAGACAGGACAACUGGGACAUCUCGUAGAGGAGGAACAGACAGGACAACUGGGACAUCUGGUAGAGGAGGAACAGACAGGACCACUGGGACAUCUGGUACAGGAGGAACAGACAGGACCACUGGGACAUCUGGUAGAGGAGGAACAGACAGGACCACUGGGACAUCUGGUACAGGAGGAACAGACAGGACAACUGGGACAUCUGGUAGAGGAGGGGCAGACAGGACCACUGGGACAUCUGGUAGAGGAGGGGCAGACAGGACCACUGGGACAUCUGGUAGAGGAGGGGCAGACGGGACCACUGGGACAUCUGGUAGAGGAGGGACAGACGGGACCACUGGGACAUCUGGUAGAGGAGGGGCAGACAGGACCACUGGGACAUCUGGUAGAGGGGGGGAAGACAGGACCACUGGGACAUCUGGUACAGGGGGAACAGACAGGACCACUGAGACAUCUGGUAGAGGAGAGGCAGACAGGCCCACUGGGACAUCUGGUACAGGAGGCACAGACAGAACCACUGGGACAUCUGGUAGCCGAGGGACAGAGAGGCCCACUGGGACAUCUGGUACAGGAGGGAGAGACAGGCCCACUUGGACAUCUGGUAGAGGAGGGAAAGACAGGCCAACUGGGACAUCUGAUAGAGGAGAGACAAAGAGGCCUAAUGGGACAUCUGGAACAGGAGGGGCAGACAGGCUCACUGGGACAUCUGGUAGAGGAGGGACAGAUAAGCUCACUGGGACAUCUUGUAGAGGAGGAACAGACAGGCCCAGUGGGACAUCUGGUACAGGAGGUACAGACAGGACCACUGGGACAUGUGGCAGAGGAGGGGCAGACUUUGGGACAUCUAAUGAUCCAAGUUAAGUCUAAAUCAAGUAGAGUGAUUUUGCCCCGAGCGAGGAGAGACACACACAUAGUUGUCGACCAAGACAUUUUUACAGACAUGAUGGCAGACCCAACGUGGACAUUUACAACUGCACACCAGUCUGCGAGACCUGCAGAUCUGGGCGAUCUAAUUACGAACAUCCUUAAGGCAGGCGCUCCAAAAGCUAGAUCAAGGCGAACUGUGGUCGGACCCUAUCCGAUGUGUCCUCGCGGAUGCACGUCGUGUUCCGCUGUCAACGGCUGUGUGACAUGCGAGAGACGUUACUUCCUGUUCCUGUACCGCCGGAACAUGCGCCAGACGGGGAUGUGCACGCCCAGCUGUCCUCCAGGGUACUUCGGAGUCCGCCAACACUUUCACAACAGAUGCGUCAAAUGUCAAGUGAGUUUCUGCCGGGCCUGCUUCACACGCCAGUACUGCACGCGAUGUUACCGCCCACGCAUAGCCCACAGGGGCGACUGCAUCGACUCCUGCCCCACCGGCCUGCACCUCGCCAACUACUCGUCUGAGUGUAGAAGUAGAGUGGACUGUCUCGUAGGGCCGUGGACAGCGUGGAGCGCAUGCAGACCACGUAGAUGCGGACGCCGACGGCGCUUCCGAGUCCGGUCCAGGAGCAUCCUAGAGUCUCCAUCACCCAAUGGGGGAACAGCGUGUCCCCCUCUUCGAGAGCGACGCGGAUGCCAAGGUGCGCGCGCAGCUUGCAGAGAUUCCUGUCGGCGCCGGAAGCGACAUAAGCGGAAGUGGCGUGACGGUAGGAAGCGGCGGAGGGAGCGCGGGAGAAGGAGAGUUCACGGUCGUGGCUCUGAUACCAGGAAGCGGCGCCGGUGUAGAAGCGGUCGUAACUCGUUACAGCGGUGCAGGCGUCGAAGACACUGUCGUGGCGGAGAAGGUUGACAUCUCCAUAUCGGAAUAUGCCGUGUGGCGUCACCACAGUCUCGAGCUGCCCCAGCUGUUCCCAGUGCGUGGAGGCACAGUGCAGUAUUUGUACUUCUUGUGUAAUCGUCGGAUGUUUCGCUUCUUCAACUGUCCAGAAAUUUACAGUUUUGUCUCCAAUAAAUCUAUGAUUUCUACAAA